AUGGCUGAACCUCGGGUUUUGAUUUUGGGGCACUCCUUCAUCAGGCGUUUGCAUGAGUUGGUACGUCUGCCUACAAACGCUUUACGGGAGGAUUUUGACAUCACCACCCCUAUGAACCUGCGCUGGCAUGGAGUAGGGGGACGAACUGUGGCCAAAGUCAUACGCUACGAUUUGGAGAUAGUCCGACAAUUUUCGCCUGACAUUGUUAUUCUACAGUUGGGUACGAACGAUAUCAGUGAUCGUUCAAUCCGUUCUGCUCUAACUGUCGGUUCACAGUUAGAGGACCUAACAAAGCUAUUACAUGAACAAUUCGGCGUAACCGUGGUUUGCGUGUGCCAAACUAUACUAAGAGAGAACGCGCACUUAAACGUACGCAUUCGCACGUUGACGGAUUAUUUACGCGUUGUCCUACAGCCCCUUCCAUUUGCAUUUUACUGGAGACACAGGGGAUUUUGGAGGACAACACAGUCAUUCUUAUUGCACGAUGGAGUUCAUCUGAACCAACGUGGACAGUUUAAACUUUAUCGCAGUUUGAGGGGGGCUUUGAUCCAAUCACUUAAAGUGUUUAAUGAUGUACAAAGUUAGAGUCUUAGAUCUGUACUAUAGCUCAUUAUUUCCUCUUUAUUGGACAUACUGCCAAGUUAAAUAUUCUUUUUGCGUUGGUACUUGGUAGUGUAAUUCGCCAUUGUACUCACAACGUAUUGUUUGUCCUUGAGCCUUGUUUGGCCGGUCACGGUCGAUUUUAUGCUUUGUCUCCAAAUGAGUGGGCCGCCUGUGUUGCGUGCCAUAGCACUCGGAGUCCCAAGCUAUUUGUAUGUAUUUGAGGAUACGAGCGUACGAUCUAAUGACAAUUCUUAAUUUUAAUACCGCAUUUAUUUGACCUGUGGCAGUUAUUGCGAUACAACUACAGAUUACGAGUUACACGAGAACAUUAAUACGUUUGGAUAAAUUAACACUCUCUAUUCUUUACAAGUAUGCCUCCACGAAGUAAGCGUCCGAGACGUUCUGGCCCUUCUGCCUCUACAGUAAACAGCAUGGCAACCAGUACCGCUAGCACGUCGAGCAGCUUGUCAACUAGUACCUCUAAUCAACAAGACGGCACGAUGCAAGUACAUGUUACAGCGCUGUCCAGUGCCCUUUCUCUGGCUGUCCAAAAGGCCGUCCAGGACGCGCUACGACCACCACCGUCAGUAACAACGUCAACUAACGCAGCAUCAACGUCGACCGUGGUGUCCGCCCACGUGCCUACUACAGCCUCGAUAGUCCAGGAUUCUGUUGUGCAAGCGACGCAAGCUAUUGCCGGGACUUCUGGAGGUAAUAUUGUAUCACCUAACGUGCAGAGUAUGCCAACCACACCCCUUUUUUCAAGCGUCGCCAUCCCCCUUGGAAGUGCAGUUAGCGACAAAAUAAAAGCCAAAAUUUGGGCUAACGAAUUUGUACACCUUGGAGCAAUGCUCCAAACCGCGGUUCCACAAGAGCGUUUUGCUCUUGGGCUUUCGGCUACAGGCAAUGGCAAUAAGCCGCAGAUUACAUUAGAGCCAGCUAGCGCCCCACGUAAAUUGAAUAGUAUUCAGCAGUGGGUCACGGCGUUCCACACGUUUAUGGCCAUUUAUUGCCAGAAGUUCGCGGGGGACACGGCCGCUUUGCUAAAAUAUUGUGAGACCGUUCGUGCCAUUGCAAACAAAAACGGAAACUGGGCUUACUAUGAUGAGCAAUUUAGAUAUUUGCGCCAGUCCGCCCCCGAUAGGUACCCUUGGGAGGAAGUCCAGUGGGAGUUAUGGCUCGAAGCCACUUCAGUUAACUUGCCUUUUCGUCCCCAGAGAGGUAACUUUCCCGCCGGGCGAGUCGGAAAAUCACGACAAAUCCCUCUCGUUAAAGGAACAUGCUUUAACUUUAAUAACGGGAGGUUCUGUUCCGGAUGUUCCUUUACCCACAUCUGCUCCCGAUGUGGAGGUA